AUGGGUGGAAGUAAUAGUUAUACACCUAGGGUAAGAAUUAACAGAACUAUGAACAUAUUAGCACUGCUAUUGCCAUUAGUGCUGUCAGAAAAGUCGUCAGUUGCUCCGAAGGAUGUUAUCAUUUUAAACAAACAUACAGAUGGAAUCAUUAGCCAAACCGAGGGUCAAAUGUUAAAUAUCACAUGUCAAGCAAUAGGAGGAAAUACAAAGGGAAACAUUUCCUGGAUUAACGUAUCAGAUAUUUCAUCAAACUUUACCGAACUUAUUAAAUGGCCGUUUGUAUACUUGAGUUUUACAACAGAUUAUAAGCAUCAUCGAAAGAAAUUAGCAUGUGGUGUGGCACAUGCUUUGCUUAGUGGUCACAUGGAAGAAUCAGUAACAAUAAAUGUACUAUACAGACCGAAGAUAUCAAUUAAAAGACAUCCAGUUAAUGAAUUAACAGAAGGUCAGCAAAUUAAAUUGGAAUGUCUAGAUACAAGCAAUCCCUCAAAGACGAAUAUAACAUGGGAAAAAAGUGGUAUAAUAUUGUCGUCGAAACCAAUUUACGAGAAAAAUAACAUAGAUACAAACGACAGUGGUAUUUAUAUUUGUAUCGUUUUUAACAGUUUAGGACAUGAGCAAGAGAAUAUAUCUAUAUUGGUCAACAAACGUAAAGACACAUACAAUAGCGAUUCGUCAACUGGAAUCGGACCAUUAGAGGUAGUCAUGAUAUAUGUGUGUGUAUGCUCCUGUGGAACGCUUUUAUUUUGUUUAGCAGCAUUUGUUCUUCCCAAAUGUAGGAGAGUUAGCCGGAAACCAACUGCGCUUGGUAAAUGAACUAAAAAUGGAUAAAUCAAAAGGACAAACAUUGAACAGCCUGCUCAAAAGUGAAAUAUAUAAUAGUGUCAUCCUUAAAUUUGUGUCUAGCAACCUUGAGAUGGAGAUAAUAAGUUACAAAGUGAACAAAAACUUGCCUACCUUAUAUCACUGACGCAGUACGUGUGAAUUAUACAAAGAAGUGUAUUCCGGAAAACUGUUUCCUAGUUUCCUCAUAUUUGAGUAACACUUUAGUCUUUUCCUUUCUAGCAACAACAUAGAUAGGAAGGUCGACUUCCUUUUUUGGUAGAUGUGCAUGCAUUCGAUAAAAAAACCAUUAUAAAAUAAAUAGAUAUGGUAUGAGUGAGAAUGAGAUAACUAUCUAUCAACAAAGAGGGAGAAAAGAUACCAGAGAAACAGACACUCAUAAAAUGAUUAAACUGAUAACGCCAUGGCUUAAAAUGGAAAAGACAAACAGACAAGUGACACCUGUCGUGUUGCAAUUAUUAUUACAAACCCGGUAAAUAGUCUAAUAUGGUAGGUCACAUUCGUGGUGAAAAGGGAAAUGGAUUGUAAUAUGACAAAAGGAACACAUGCGAUAUCAUCUGUGAAACGGUAUUUCAUAACGGUCAACCGACUCAUUAUGGCGUCCGUAAGUUAUACGACAGUGAUGAUUUCAACUUCACCAUUUGAAAUUCUUGGUUAAAUAUUCAUAAUUUUUAUGAAAAUUCAACCAUUAUAGCUCAAAAACGGCCUCCAAUAUAUAUGUCAUUCGUAGUACUGUGACAAACCAACACCAGUGUUGAAGUAAUUUAUCUGUUAUCAAAUAACAUCAUUUUUUUUUAUUAAGUGUAUUUUAAGGAUUUGCUAAUUUUCUAUGAAUUUAAACAGCUUAUAAUCAGUUUGAUUUCAUAUUUUUAACGUAUCCUUAAAAGGAGGGGCGAAAGAUACGAGAGGGACAGUCACACUCAUAGGUAAAAAAUAAACUGAGAUCGCUAUGGCUAGAAAUAAAAAAAGACAAACAGACAAAUAAUAAUACCCAUGACACAACAUAGAAAACUAAAGACUUAGCAACACGAACCCAACCAAAAACUGGUACAGUAUUCGAACAUCGAUUGAUUGAUACGUAAACAGUUUAUUUAAACAGCUGUCUUCUCAACCGAUCUAACUUAUGGAAAACUGUAUUUCGUAUUCUAAUCAAACACGACUGCAGGUAACUGCCAGCUCAAU